GGCGAUAUGCGCUAAAACUGCGAUUGUACCAGAUUCUGAAACUCCGAUGGAGCGGCUCAUUUUACAUUAUAGUCAGAAAGAAUCCCUGCUCAGAGGAUUGUCGUGGCUGUCACGAUUUACAAGAUCACUUAAGGAAGGACAGAAGGGGUUUAUAAAAAUGUCUCCCCCUUUGUGCUAUGAGGAGCAACGUGAAGCAGAAAAGAAAAUAAUUCGACAUAUACAAGAACAUGAAUUUCCAAGGGAGUAUGAAAACCUGUCAGUUGGUGCUGAGGUACCAAGAACCAGUCGAUUAGUGAAGCUUCACCCUUUCAUGCAAGACGGUAUCAUUAGGGUAGGUGGAAGAUUAGCAGAGGCUUCGAUUUUAGAAGAAACAAAACAUCCUAUCGUUAUUCCGAGUCGUGGUCAUUUUACAGAACUACUCAUUACGGACGCCCAUGAAGCCGUAGGGCACAGUGGGAGACAGUUCACGCUAGCGAAACUUCGAAAACGUUUUUGGAUUCUGAAGGGAAUUUCAAGUGUAAGACGUGUUCUAAACAGUUGUUUGAGUUGCACUAAACUCUACCGACCACCUGAAUCACAACAAAUGGCCAAUCUUCCGUCUGACAGAGUGCAAGCUCAAGAGCCACCGUUUACGCGAACAGGUGUGGAUUACUUUGGACCAUUUUAUGUCACUCAAGGUCGUUCACAGGUCAAGAGAUAUGGGGUCAUAUUCACCUGUCUUGCUAUCAGGGCCGUACAUCUGGAGGUUGCUGAAAAUCUGACGUCAGACUCAUUCAUUUGCGCCCUGCGCAGAUUCGUUGCACGUAGAGGUAAUGUUCAAAUACUAAGGUCUGACAACGGAACAAAUUUUACUGGAGCCAACAGGGAACUGCGCUUAGAGAUGACAAGGUUAUCAGAAAAUGAGCAUGUGUUACAAAGAGCAAUGCUCAAGCGAGGAAUUACAUGGAAAUUCAACGUGGCAGGCGCCUCCCAUCAUGGUGGGGUGUGGGAACGUCAGAUACGAUCCAUACGAAGAAUACUCGAAUCCCUUUUAACAUCGCAAUCGCUCAAGGAAGAGACACUCCGAACCAUAUUUUGUGAAGUUGAAAACAUACUGAACAGUAGACCGCUUACGCCAGUAUCUAGCGACGUCAGGGACGAUCCACCUCUCUCGCCAAAUGACAUUCUUCUUCUGGGAGGACAUGGUGUAACGUUACCAUUCGGAGUCUUCUCCCAGGCGGACCAUGGAAAUAGAAAAAAAAUGGAAGCAAGCUCGUCAUUUCGCAAAUGUUUUUUGGACACGGUGGAGAUCCGAAUACUUACCGACUCUACAAGAAAGGCACGUUAUGACAGAAACAAGAAAGAACUUUCAACCAGGAGACACAGUUCUGCUUGUUGAUGAUAGUGUUCCCAGAGGCCAGUGGCCACUCGGUUUGAUUGAAGCUGUUCGAACUAGUUCCGAUGGAUUGGUUCGAUCUGCGACUGUCCGAACAAGAGGGACAGUAAUGCAGCGCCCAGUGACAAAACUGGUGAAGUUAAAUUGAAACCUCUCGUUUUCGACCCCUCGUGGUUUCAAGGGGGUGGGUGUUGGCGCCGCCCAGCAAGAGGGUUCGCCGCAGUGUGUAUACGCGAGAAAAUUGUCACGCGAUUUUAUAAUUUCGAAUUCAGUAUUUUGUUUCCGUCUCAGCUGGAGUUUAUUGCAAGUUUAUUGCGCUAAAUUGAAUAUGGAGUAUAGUUAGGUGAUAUUUUGUGUUAAGUGUUAACAUAUUUUGAACCCCGCAGACUCAUAAACGGCAACAUGGAACUCAAGAGAGAUAUGUUUGUUUCUAUUAUUUGAGUAAGAAGAUGCUCGAAUAGUGCAAUUAGACCGUAUUGAGUGCGGUGGUAAAGGCCAUAAUUGAUUUGCUGAUUUAGCGUAAUCAAAAAUUAUUAACAGUCAAAGCUGCCUUACGUUUGCCAUCCAGAGCCCACCACACAGCUUUGCUCGCUGCUCUGCACAUACCGAAGGUACAGGAGACUCUACGUCGCUCCAUCAUCGCGUGCUUCCGUGAUGCGUUCUGCGAAAAUCACCGCCUACGCCAAAUUCUGGUUGCCAGCCUGGCCACUCUUGUUCUUGGGGAUGCCUCAUCGGGACACUGCGCGCCUAUCGUUAGAUUUAUGUUCAUCGUAUGUGGGGCCAAUAUGAGUGUGCUUCUACAGGUUGCUGGAGGUCAUAUCCCACCUGAGAUUAUGUACACCCCAAGACCCCCCUGUGGAGUCACCGA